AUGAGAGCGAAGCAGGGAGCUGGUGUGGAGCUGGUGUGGAGCUGGUGUGGAGCUGGUGUGGAGCUGGUGUGGAGCUGGUGUGGAGCUGGUGUGGAGCUGGUGUGGAGCUGGUGUGGAGCUGGUGUGGAGCUGGUGUGGAGCUGGUGUGGAGCUGGUGUGGAGCUGGUGUGGAGCUGGUGUGGAGCUCCUGCUGAGACGAUUAUUACAGCAUUAACCCCGAGCUGCUUUACAGGGACUGGACUCAACUCGGGACAACUACCCAGGGACAUGAUGAUAGUGUUUACCGUGAUUAAAGAGGUUGACCAUUGUGUAUAA